AUGAAGCCUGACUGGCAGCCAGGCCGCCACGCCCCCAGCCAGGCCGCCACGCCCCCAGCUAGGCCACCACGCCCCCAGCCACGCCCCCACGCCCCCAGCCAGGCCACCACGCCCCCAGCCAGGCCGCCACGCCCGCACCCAGGCCGUCACGCCCCCAGCCAGGCCACCACGCCCGCACCCAGGCCACCACGCCCCCAGCCAGGCCGCCACGCCCGCACCCAGGCUGCCACGCCCCCAGCCAGGCCACCACGCCCGCACCCAGGCUGCCACGCCCCCAGCCAGGCCGCCACGCCCGCACCCAGGCUGCCACGCCCCCAGCCAGGCCGCCACGCCCGCACCCAGGCCGCCACGCACCCAGCCAGGCCGCCACGCCCCCAGCCAGACCAUCACACCCCCAGCCAGGCCGCCACGCCCCCAGCCGGGCCGCCACGCCCCCAGCCAGGCCACCACGCCCCCAGCCAGGCCACCACGCCCGCACCCAGGCUGCCACGCCCCCAGCCAGGCCACCACGCCCCCAGCCAGGCCGCCACGCCCCCAGCCAGGCCACCACGCCCGCACCCAGGCCACCACGCCCCCAGCCAGGCCGCCACGCCCGCACCUAGGCCGCCACGCCCACAGCCAGGCCGCCACGCCCGCACACAGGCUGCCACGCCCCCAGCCAGGCCGCCACGCCCGCACCCAGGCUGCCACGCCCCCAGCCAGGCCGCCACGCCGCCAGCCACCACCGAACAACGACCCACGUGUCAUACAGCAGCGGCCCUGUCCGUAACUACGUUUCCUUGCUCUUGA